UGACAGUGACACUUGACAGUUAGCGCCUCUUCGCCAGUGACAGCGCGAACUCGAAAUUACGUGAUGAUCUUAUCUUACUUUUCUCACCGUAGAAAAUUUGAAUAAACAAAACGAUAAAUUAUAAAAAUCUAGACGGCCACGAUUUUUAUUAUUGUCACACCUCAAAUAGAUAAAAGUGUAAUGUUCAGUGAUUUUCCUUAGUGUAAAGUUUGUGUUGUCUAUUUUUAUUAUACGGAAGUUAAAAGUGGAGAUUAGCUGUGGUCAGUUGCCCGUGACAUGUGAGGCGCGAUGACGGCGGCGCCGCUGACGGCGUCCGAGCCGCGCCAUGAAGCGAAGGCGAACUCCCGCGAGCUGUCGCGCACGGCCACGGUGGUGACGUCACUGGCCGCGGGCGCGUGCGCCGGGGCGCUCGCCAAGACCACCAUCGCCCCGCUCGACCGCACCAAGAUACACUUCCAGAGCUCUGAAACGCCGUACUCCGUUCGCGCAGCGUUCGAGUUCCUGAAGCAGAGCGCCCGCGCCGACGGUUUCACCGCACUGUGGCGCGGCAACAGCGCCACCAUGGCGCGCAUCAUUCCCUACGCCGCCAUACAAUUUACCGCGCACGAGCAAUGGAAACGGGUGCUAGGGGUCGACACUCCUGCUAUGGCCAAGCAACACAAAGUCCGGCACCUGGUAGCGGGCUCGCUAGCCGGCGUGACGUCACAGUCGGCCACCUACCCUCUCGACCUGGCGCGGGCUCGCAUGGCGGUCACCAGCGCGUCCACAUACCCCACCAUCGCCGACGUGUUCCGUAAGGUGGCCACUCAGGAGGGGCUGCGGACGCUGUACCGGGGCUACCCGGCGACGGUGCUGGGCGUGGUGCCGUACGCGGGGGUCUCCUUCUUCACAUACGACACGCUCAAGAGGACAUACUUCGAAUACUCAGGCAAGCAGCAGAGCAGCGUUUUAAACGUGGCGUUCGGAGGCGCGGCCGGCGCGCUCGGCCAGACCGCCUCCUACCCGCUCGACAUAGUGCGCCGGCGCAUGCAGACCGCCCCUAGGCGACCAGACGGCUCCUACCCCUACAGAAACAUAUCCAGUGCCAUCAGAGAUGUGUACAGAGCGGAGGGCUGGCGCGGCUUCUUCAAGGGGCUCAGCAUGAACUGGGUGAAGGGCCCCGUCGCCGUCGGCAUCUCCUUCGCGACCUACGACAAGAUCAAGACCACCCUCCGAGAGCUCGCGCUCACGCUGCAGUAGCCCUUUAUAUGUCAGUGCGCGCAUAUACGACAGCAAAAAUCGCAGCGAUUUUAAAAUUGUGAUUUGUCACAUAAUAUUUUUCCGCGACCGCUCGCGACGCGAUUGUCGCAAAGUGAAUUGCAGCAUACGGAGUUGUAUGGCCCCGCGCGCACUGCGAUAGUAAAAUCGCACCGUGGACCUCAGUCGGCUUUUCGCUCUCCAAGCGUCAACAUAUCGGAACCUGUUUUUCCAAUGGAGUCACAAGAUGAGACGCUAGAUGUUGACCGUUUAAUUAUGGAAAUAGAAGGAGAUCACCUUUGUGGUAUAAAUACUCAAAGUCAUACAGCGAUUGCAUAUUGAAGACACUUUUCACGACAAGCGACUGGUACGAAAGCCAUGUUGAGAUUGAACAAAUCGUCGACUUUUUCAUCGCUGUGCGCGCAGUGAAUUUUCUGCGUUAUAUUAGAGCGCGAUUCUAAAAUCGUGUCGCAAAAAUUAAAAUCGUGGUGCGCGCUUGGCCUCAGGGAUACGGUAUCGUUGGGUACUUUCCUACGUAAAAUAAAUUAUUUCACACUGCACGAAAUAAAACACCAGAUUAUUAUUAGAAAAACUGUAGCGAUGCUACAUAUUUGCCUAGGAUAAAUACAUGCUUUUCCAUACAAGAUAACCGGUACAACAUGACUGUCGCAUUUCCAACAAAAUAACAUACACCAGAGUAUGACACUUAUGUAAAACUAUAAUGUACCUUCUCAGCUGUAGGUUGUUUAGCAUAUCCUGCCUCCUGGUUAGCUGGUUUCGAAGAAACAAGUCUAAAGAGUAUGCCACUUGAACGGAACUUGUCACCCAAAUUGCGCGGAGGUCGUUGAACCAAACCUGGCUUCAUGCAUAUCAAAAUGAUCCUCCUAGUCUACCUAAACUGCUCAAAUAGGUCACUUCCUAAUUUAAUUAGUAUUUUAGAAUCAUUUUCGGAAUUUUUAUGAAACAUAAAUAAGGUUGAAAUUUUGACAGGAGAACUGUCAGAGAGUAGACUAUGCGUUUAGUUACCGCAUCGGAAAGAAGGUAUUCUGAAUGAAACAAGGUAGAAAACGUACGAUAAAAAUAUAAUUAUUAGUAAUUAUUAUUAACCACUUAAAAUAAUACAAGUAUUAAGGAACAUUGAUAUUUUUUCGAGAGUCAUAUGAUUUGGAAAAGGUUUAAGUUGGUUUGACGUUUGAUGCGUCGAUAUGGAUCGAAACGGAGGGCUGGGGAUUUUUCUAGAAUCGACAAUGGAUGGAGGGUUGGUACUGGGGCACGCUAGCAUUUAUACAGCUCCUAAUUGAAUAUCGAAAUAAACCGCCUCGCCCCCUUCCGCCGCCUGCCCUGGCCGGUGGAAGAUUGGGAUAUAUGUAAAGUGCGCCGUGUGUGUGUGUGUUGUGCGCGAAAAGGGCGUAGCCCACCGAGUGCUUUCC